UUUGUCAACAUUUUAAACUGAAACACACCCAGAAAAAAACCCACAAAAUCUGGACAAAUGGGUUCCGAAACAAUGUCCAAAAUUCCUGUUAUUGAUUUAUGUAGCGAAAACCUGAAGCCUGGUUCAAGCGCUUGGCUUUCUGCUUGCAAUGAUAUCAGGAAAGCAUUUGAAGAAUAUGGCUGUAUGGAAGUAUUAUACAAUAUUAAUAUUGAAUUUCAUAACCAAGUUCUUUCUGCUCUUCAAGAAUUGUUUCAGCUUCCUCAAGAGAUCAAAAUGAAAAAUGUAAACCCUAAGCCUGCUCAUGGCUACAUGGGCAAGAUCUCCACUUUCCCUAUUCAUGAAGGAUUGGGGAUAGAAUUCGCAACCAUUAAAGAUGAGUGUCAAAAGUUCACUAAUCUCAUGUGGCCUGAUGGAAACGAUAAUUUCUGUGAGACUGUUCACUCCUAUGCAAAACUGGUGGCUGAGCUACAGGAGCUGUUGGUGAGAAUGCUGUGUGAAAGUUAUGGAAUAGAUAAGCACAGCGAGUCUCGUAACAAAUCGACUACUUAUCUUCUACGUUUAUUGAAAUAUAGAAGAUCACAGGCAGAGACUAAUCUUGGUUUCAAAGGUCAUACAGAUAAGAGUUUUAUCUCUAUACUUCACCAGAAUCAUGUUAAGGGUUUGGAGAUAAGAACAAAAGAUGGAGAGUGGAUUUCUUAUGAACCUUCUUCAUUUUCUUCGUUCGCAGUCGUUGCUGGUGAUGCAUGCAUGGCAUGGAGCAAUGACAGAAUAAAAUCAUGUUACCACAGAGUGACAGUGGGUGGUGAAGAAGUUCGAUAUGCUUUAGGGCUAUUUUCAUUCUUGACUGGGUUGAUUAAUCCACCGGAGGAGCUAGUGGAUGAAGAACACCCAUUAGCAUAUAAGCCAUUUGAACAUCAAGGCCUUCUUGAUUUUUAUGUGGCAAAUAAUGCUCAAAACAAAGGAGAGAGCAACAUGGUCAAAACCUAUUGUGGAGUUUAAUUAUUAAUUAAGAGUGUUUCUGAAUUUUCAAUAUGUAGAAAAGAAAAUUAAUAAUUAGUUUAUAUGCGUGUCUUUGACUAUUUGGCAACUGUAUUACAUAUAUAUUUGCCAAUUGUGGCUUAAUUUUCAAAUUUGGUUUCUAUA